UUCAGCGGCGCUGCCCUCCCGGCUUCCAUGUCUCCGGUAGACGCCCCACACAAUAAAACAUGAAGAUAGCAACAAUAUAUCCCCGACACCAGACUUGAAUGUCGUUCAUUUAACGGAAUAAGGAAAAUCUUCCCUCCGUUUCUCAAGCUUGACUGUCAGCCCGCCACGUGACAUCGGAGCCCACCACACUUUUUCUACCACAGCUCAAUUUCCUUCACCGGGUCUGCGUUCCGGGUUUUGGUUCGGCUCCGGGUGCUUUCAUCCGUUCCCACCAUGAGACUCUGGCGGCGGAGGAAGGACUUGGUCUCCCUUGUCUUCUUCGCUAUCAUCUGUUGCCUGACCUCGGCUAUCGCGGACGUCGACCGCGACGUUUACAACACUCUGGAGGGAAGCUUCUCUCCCAAGGCCGGACAUCAAGGCCAGGCAGCACGAGCACAAGGCUAUGGGACCACCGUACCUCUGCUGGUGAUGGGCCAGCUCACUAAACCACUCAGCCAACUUGCCUCAGGGGGUUAUCCUUCGUCAUUGCGGCUGCUGCUCCUCGCUGAAGGCCAACAGCUGGUCCUGCUGCUGGAGAAAAACCAAGGUCUCUUCGCCAGCCACUACACGGAGACUCACUACCAAGAGGACGGCGGCGCCGUCACCAAUGCUCACAACGUGACGAAGAACUGCUACUAUCACGGGACGGUGCAGGCGCACCCCGACUCUGAUGUCACCCUCAGCGCCUGCUCGGGCCUACGAGGCUUCAUCGCGCUGGAGAACAAGGCGUUCAUGGUGGAGCCGGCGUCCGGCCAAGAAGUAGGCGUCCACUACAUCUACCGAGCCGAGGAGCUGCCGCUGACCCAGGGGGACUGCGGUCACGGGUUCAACGUGUCCUCCGUCGCCCCUGAAGACUACCUGAGGAAACCCUUCCAAUCUUUCCACUCCAGGCACAAAAGGCACACGCAGAAGACGACCAAAUACGUGGAGCUGAUCAUCGUCGCGGACAACAGAGAGUUCCAGAAACAGGGGAAGGACGUGGAGAAGGUGAAACAAAGACUGGCAGAAAUAGCCAAUUAUGUUGACAAGUUCUACCGAGCGCUGAACAUCCGCGUGGCCUUGGUGGGUCUGGAGGUGUGGAGCGACCACGACAAAUGUCCCGUCACCCAGGAUCCCUUCGCUACCCUUCACGAGUUCCUCGACUGGCGCAAAGUCAAGCUGCUACCUCAGAGGCCUCACGACAACGCUCAGCUCAUAAGUGGGGUUUACUUCCAGGGCACCACCAUCGGCAUGGCGCCCAUCAUGAGCAUGUGCACGGCCGAGCAGUCUGGAGGCAUCGUCAUGGAUCACUCCGACGUGGCGCUGGGUGCGGCCGUGACGCUGGCCCACGAGCUGGGACACAACUUCGGAAUGAACCACGACACGCCGGAGCGCGGCUGCGGCUGCAGGAUGACGGCGGACCGCGGCGGCUGCAUCAUGACGCCCUCCACUGGGCAUCCGUUCCCCACGGUGUUCAGCACGUGCAGUAAGAAGGACCUUGCAGCCAGCCUGGAGAAAGGGGUGGGCAUGUGUCUGGACAACAUGCCUGAGGUCAAGGUGCUCUACGGAGGCCAGAAGUGCGGCAACGGCUACGUGGAGGAAGGGGAGGAGUGCGACUGUGGGGAACCAGAGGAAUGUUCCAACCCGUGCUGCAACGCCACCACGUGCACGCUGAAAGGAGACGCCGUGUGCGCCCACGGACAGUGCUGUGAAGACUGCCAGCUCAAACCGGCGGGCACCGUGUGUCGGGAGUCGGGCAACUCCUGCGACCUGCCCGAGUUCUGCACGGGCGCCGCCCCUCACUGCCCGGCCAACGUCUACCUCCACGACGGCCACGCCUGCCACCGCGUGGAGGGCCACUGCUACAACGGCAUCUGUCAGACCCACGAGCAGCAGUGCAUCACCCUGUGGGGCCCAGGAGCCAAGCCGGCACCGGGGAUCUGCUUCGAGCGCGUCAACUCGGCGGGGGAUCCUUACGGGAACUGCGGGAAGGAUUCCAAAGGCUCCUUCGCCAAGUGCGACGCAAGAGAUGCAAAAUGUGGAAAGAUCCAGUGCCAGGGCGGCGCCAACCGGCCCGUGAUCGGAACCAACGCCGUUUCCAUAGAAACCAACAUCCCGCUCCAAGAGGGGGGCCGCAUCCUGUGCCGGGGGACGCACGUGUACCUGGGGGACGACAUGCCAGACCCCGGUCUGGUCCUGGCCGGCACCAAGUGCGGAGACGGCAGGGUGUGUCUGAAUCGCCAGUGUCAGAACAUCAGCGUCUUCGGCGUGCAGGAGUGCUCAGGAAAGUGCAACGGACGUGGGGUGUGCAACAACAAGAACAACUGCCACUGCGAAGCGCACUGGGCGCCCCCGUUCUGCGAGGGGGCGGGCUUCGGGGGCAGCAUCGACAGCGGGCCGACCAGACUGGCAGCCCACAGCCUGGCCGUCACCGUGGCCGUCCUGGGGGCCACCAGCGGCCUUCUGCUGGCCAGCGCCCUCGUCUUCCUGAAGAGGAAGACUCUGCUGCGCCUGCUCUUCACCAACAAGAAGAGCACCUUGGAGAAGCUGAGGUCCAUCGAGGAAAAAAGGCCAACCAGCCCACUCAGCAGCCAGUCCAUGUGUAGACCACUACCACAACGUAGACCUCCCCCCAAACCCAGCAUUUAUAAGCCUCCUCCUUCCCUCCUGAGUGCAGAGCCGCUCCUCCCCCAGCACAGGUUCCACUCCCACAGCCUGCGCCGCCUGCCGCUCUACCAGCCUCUCAACAUCAGCCAGCCCAUGCCCGUCUCACUCAGCGUGGGUCAGCCCAUCCUGCCUCCUCUGCCCGCCCGACACAGGUUGCCGCCGGCCCGCCACGCUCUCUCGCCGCCGCCUUUCCUCAGUCUGCCCCGCCAGCCCGCGUCCUACCUCCUGGUGCAGGACCUGGACAAGCCGAGUCCGCCCCAGAAGCCUCUUCCUGCCGACCCGCUGGGGAGAGGCCUUCGCCUGGCUCACGGUGCCCCGAUGGUGGGCGCGCACAUGCCGGGAAAAGGGCUGCUGCCCAUCCCCAUCCCCACUGUGCCCAGACCUCCACCCACCAUCCCUUUACCCAGCAGACCUGCUCCAGUCUUGCCCUACAGACCACCAAAGACCCCCAAAGACUGCUGCUGAGCUUUGCCUUCUUCUCCAAGCACAAAGAGGCUUUCUGGGUCGUUUGCACUAAUGGUCGUUUGCAGCCAUUGUUGUUUUCACGCAGCUGGACUGUCGUUGUAAGGCCUCGGAGCUCCACUAGAUGGCGGUGUCACAGCAAGGACGUGCAUGGUCACGUGACAACAAAUCGGAAGCCGGUGACUUUAUUUGUGGACACUUUGGAAGCUAGAAAUGCUAACACGAUGUGCCCACUGACUAAAAAGGUGCUCUUUUGUCCUCGCUCAGGUACCGGUGCACUUAUUUAUUUCACUUGUUGGUGUUUUAUGUACAUUUUAGGGACGGCGGGAACCUCCACAUGUCACACCUGGUCCAUCAUUUGGCAAAUAAGCCAACAUCUCUUGUCAGGUUUCAAGCAUAUUGUAUUCCCUUUUAAAUCCGCGGUAAAAUGUAACGCUCACGUAAUUUAUUUAUUAAUGCUUUUUUUAAAGGCCUACUGAAACCCACUACUACCGACCACGCAGUCUGAUAGUUUUUGAUUGAUUGAUACUUUUAUUAGUGGGAUUGCACAGUUCAGUACAUAUUCCGUACAAUUGACCACUAAAUAGUAACACCCGAAUAAGUCGGGGUCCACGUUAAUCAAUUCAUGGUAGUAUAUAUUGUGGCGGUCCGCUCUCUGUACGAUCAGUGCCAGAGCUUGGUCCGCAUUGCCGGCAGUAAGUCGAACACAUUUCCAGUGAGGGUUGGACUCCGCCAAGGCUGUCCUUUGUCACCGAUUCUGUUCAUAACUUUUAUGGACAGAAUUUCUAGGCGGAGUCAAGGCGUUGAGGGGUUCCGGUUUGGUUCUGCUUUUUGCAGAUGAUGUGGUCCUGAUGGCUUCAUCUGACCGGGAUCUUCAGCUCUCACUGGAUCGGUUCGCAGCCGAGUGUGAAGCGACCGGAAUGAGAAUCAACACCUCCAAGUCCGAGCCCAUGGUUCUCGCCCGGAAAAGGGUGGAAUGCCAUCUCCGGGUUGGGGAGGAGACCCUGCCCCAAGUGGAGGAGUUCAAGUACCUAGGAGUCUUGUUCACGAGUGGGGGAAGAGUGGAUGGUGAGAUCGACAGGCGGAUCGGUGCGGCGUCUUCAGUAAUGCGGGCGUUGUAUCGAUCCGUUGUGGUGAAGAAGGAGCUGAGCCGGAAGGCAAAGCUCUCAAUUUACCGGUCGAUCUACGUUCCCAUCCUCACCUAUGGUCAUGAGCUUUGGGUCAUGACCGAAAGGAUAAGAUCACGGGUACAAGCGGCCGAAAUGAGUUUCCUCCGCCGUGUGGCGGGGCUCUCCCUUAGAGAUAGGGUGAGAAGCUCUGCCAUCCGGGAGGAACUCAAAGUAAAGCCGCUGCUCCUUCACAUCGAGAGGAGCCAGAUGAGGUGGUUCGGGCAUCUGGUCAGGAUGCCACCCGAACGCCUCCCUAGGGAGGUGUUUAGGGCACGUCCAACCGGUAGGAGGCCACGGGGAAGACCCAGGACACGUUGGCAAGACUAUGUCUCCCGGCUGGCCUGGGAACGCCUCGGGAUCCCCCGGGAAGAGCUAGACGAAGUGGCUGGGGAGAGGGAAGUCUGGGUUUCCCUGCUUAGGCUGUUGCCCCCGCGACCCGACCUCGGAUAAGCGGAAGAAGAUGGAUGGAUGGCUAUAUAUAUCAAUGAUGAAAUAUUAACAUUGCAACACAUGCCAAUACAACCUUUUUAGUUUACUAAAUUACAAUUUUAAAUUUCCCGCGGAGUUUGUUGAAAAUGUCGCGUGUUUGUAACGUUAUUGGUUGGCGGGGACAUUUUAGCACAGCACCACUUACGGCUAAAAGUUGUCUCUUUUCAUCGCAUAAUUACACAGUAAUUUGGACAUCUGUGUUGCUGAAUCUUUUGCAAUUUGUUCAAUUAAUAAUGGAGACUAUAAAGACGAAUGCUGUUGGUGGAAAGCGGUGGAUUGCAGCUGUCUUUAGCACCGAGACACUUUGUUUGUUGUGAAGCUUUAACACAGAGCGGUCACGCGGACAUGUUUCUCUACAUCAACCAGCAUGUUUUUGGAUGGGAAAAUUGUGAUCUAUAUCUUACCGGAGACAUCAGUGGAUUAUGCGUCCUCCUGCAGUAGCUGUCAAAAAAGGCAGCUGUGAACUUGGCUCCUCGGCUUCUCUCUGAGACACUGGCGUGUUCACCGCAGCCGUCCGACCUUGAGGUAUGUCUUUACAAUCUCACUAAAACACUAUUAAAACAAUAAGCAGAUAAGGGAUCUUCCAGAAUUAUCCUAGUAAAUGUGUCUAGUUACAUCUGAAACGCUCACACUGCCGCCGCCCGGAGUUGUCGUUUUUUAUUUUUAUUUAUUUUUCUAAUCCUUCACUAUCAAUAUCGUCAUCCACAAAUCUUUCAUCCUCGCUCAAAUUAAUGGGGAAAUUGUCGCUUUCUCGGCUUGAAUCGCUCUUGCUGCUGGUGGCCAUGAUUAUAAACAAUGUUCAGAUGUAAGGAGGUCUACAACCCGUGAUGUUCCGCGCACAUCGUCUGCUAAAUGCAGUACAGGCAAGGGUUUUUUUCUUAGCGACCAAAAGUUGUGAACUUUUUCGUCGAUGUUCUGUACUAAAUAUUUUCAGCAAAAAUAUGGCAAUAUCGCGAAAUGAUCAAGUAUGACACAUAGAAUGGACCUGCUAUCCCCAUUUAAAUAAGAAAAUCUCAUUUCAGUAGGCCUUUAAGCUUGUGUAAGUGUGGUUGGGGUCAUUGUUCAGUGCAAUUUUCUCAUUUACUUCCCUUUUGUACCAUCAGUGUUGCUUCUUCUGUGUGUGAAAAGUUUGUACAUCCUAACGUGACCUUUUUGUUGACAUAAAAAGGUAAAGGAAGUCAAGUGGUCAGCCUGAUUUACAGUAUUAGCGUACACUGCCACCUUGUGGAAGAAAGCUGUUAUUACAGGUCAAGCCCACCUGCUCUAUUAGAGCAGGGGUGUCGAACUUGUUGUGACGGAGGGCCGCUUUUAAGAAUAUAAAAGUAUAAUCACCUCAUUAUAUUAUUGCAAAUGCAUCUGGUUAUUUGAUUUUUGUACGUAUAAACCAGGGGUCACCAACGCGGUGUCCGCGGGCACCAGAUUGCCCGUAAGGACCAGAUGAGUCGCCCGCUAGCCUGUUCUAAAAAUAGCUCAAAUAGCAGCACUUACCAGUGAGCUGCCUCUAUUUUUUUAAAUGGUAAUUAUUUACUAGCAAGCUGGUCUCACUUUGCUGGACAUUUUUAAU